CUCCUUAGGAAAUAUGAGAAAUGAUUGGUUGUGGUAUUUUGUCGCACAGACAGCUUGACCACCCCGUUUUAUUUAGAAAAUUUAAAUUUGACAAAUGCUUUUCUCCUAUAAAUAUUUUUCAUUUUUUUUCUAGGAAAGUUGGCACUACUUCCUCCAGCACGCGAAAUGAUUCCCUUCUGCGCAUGAUUGUAUCAUUUCCAUUUUCUCCAUUUUAGGGGGAUCUUACUGCGACAGAGCAGUUGACGCCAUAUCUGCUACUGUUAUUUUAUCGAUAAAUUUGCGUAGAUUCACAGUUUUAUAUGACGUCUUCAUUUUGUUUGAUCGAACACUUAGGUCGUGGAAAUCCAGCUCACUAUCAAGAAGACAUUCUUGUGUCAUCUAGUUUGACGAAUAUAGGAUUACAAAGGUUUAUGCAUUGCCGAAAGCAGUGGGACAUCAAUUGGCAAGCUGUAAGGGGAAAUUUAAUACUCCUGCCUAACAGGUGCUUUGUAACCAUCAAAAAUUACGGCCAUUCAGAUCGUGACUUUCCAUCUCCUCAGCCUCAUCUCCCAGCAAUCUGUUCUUGACAGCAAGCAGGGAAUCUGGCAGGCCAGUUUCUUGCACUUCUUUCUCUACCCACAUUCUAAAAAAGCUUUUUGAUCCCUCCACUAAUUAAUUUCAGUUUUAAUCAUGAGUAACAUCAACGUCAAUCGUAGUCUUUCUGACCAAUUUUACCGCUAUAAGAUGCCAAAGCUCCUUGCCAAGGUGGAAGGAAAGGGCAAUGGCAUUAAGACUGUAGUGGUAAAUAUGGUUGAAGUAGCUAAGGCCUUGAAUAGACCUCCAACAUACCCAACCAAAUAUUUUGGAUGCGAACUUGGUGCUCAAACACAGUUUGACUUGAAAAAUGAGCGUUAUAUUGUUAAUGGUUCUCACGAAGCUGCAAAGCUACAGGAUCUCUUGGAUGGGUUUAUCAAGAAAUUUGUUUUGUGUCCUUCUUGUGACAAUCCGGAAACUGUUUUGAAUGUCCUCCCGAAGAAAGGUGUGAUAAACACAAAAUGCAUUGCUUGUGGUUAUAGUGGACAACUUGACUCGACUCACAAGUUAACUACAUUUAUUCUUAAAAAUCCACCUGGACAAGAUCCAACUAAAACCACUGGUUCAACCAAGAAAGGCAAAAGAAAAAGUAAGGAUGAGAAAACUCCCAAAAAGCAACAGAAUGGUGAUGAUAGUGGUUCCCAUAGUCCAAAUCAUGAUUCAGACAUGGAGAAUGGAUCACCAGAAAAGGAUGACGAUGAUGAUUGGUGUGACGGCACUGAUGCUGAAUCUGUAGCUAGGCGCAUGGAGAGUUUAACAACCGGAGCUAAAACUCUAAUGCUCAAUGAUGAUUUAGAAAAAUCCCCCCAAGAAAGACUAGAUUUAUUCUAUGAAUUUGUUAAGAAACAUAAAGAAACUGGAACCAUUGAAAACCUGCAAAAAGAAUUGGUUGGUGAGGCUGAGAGACUUGAUAUUAAAGAUAAGGCUGUGUUAGUCUUGUGUGAAUUGUUGCUUGGGGAGCACAUCAUUCAAGAAGUUAAAACUCACAGACUUUUGUUUUUAAGAUUUACCCAUGGGAGUCAAAAAGCCCAAAAAUAUUUGAUGGGUGGAUUGGAACAAGUAAUCAAUUUGCAUAAAGAUAACUUAAUUGUCAAGGUUCCACACAUUUUGAAAGCAUUUUAUGAUACUGACAUUUUGGAGGAAGAAGUGUUAAUAGAUUGGUCGCAGAAGGUGUCCAAAAAAUAUGUAAAUAAGGAUGUAGCUCAAGAAAUUCAUGAUAAGGCAAAACCUUUUAUUAAAUGGCUUCAAGAGGCUGAGGAAGAGGAGUCUGGAGACAGUGAUGAGGAUGAUGAUGAAGAAGCAGUUGAGGUUGUUUAUUCUGAUCGUCACAUCAGCACAUCAAUAAGUGUGGAAAAAGAGGCACCUAAACCUGUAAAGAAAGAAGUCUCUGCCGCUGAUAAUGAGGAUGAUGAUUUGGAUAUAGAUGCCAUAUAAUCUUUUUUUUUUUUUUUUUUUGCUAAUUCUAUGUCUAGCACAUAUACAUUGAUAUUUGUGAUAUUCUUUUCUUUGUUUUAAUUGUAUCAUACCUUGUUACCCAAUGCAUCCCGAUGAGGAAUAUGCUUUUUCAGACUUUCUGCGUUUUAAAAAUUGUUUUUGUCUAGCUUUUUUGGAACUACAUAUUUGUAAUUUGAUUUUCUUCCAUGAGAAAAUCUAGGGGUAUCACAAAACAUCUUUACCCCUUUUUGUUUUAGGAUGAAAUAUUUAGUCAUUUUUUUUUCAUUGUAUUUUGUAAUGGUGUAAAAAAGGAGCUUAAAUAAAUCAGCAACAAAUGUA